CGAUAAUAUCUGAGCGUCGAGGUCUUUGAAAGAUGAAGACGAUUGUGGUUGGCGCCGGUCCUGUAGGCGCCUUAGCAGCGAUAUAUGCCGCUCAACGAGGAGAGGACGUCGAGGUGUAUGAGCUCCGUGGAGGUCAGUCGUUACAUACUUUCAUUGCAAUUGAAUCACUCUAUUGUUGACUCAGGAAUUUCCGUUAUGUUUUUAUUCAGUCCAUCUAUGUUAUUGUGUUUUCAAUGCCUCUACCCUCUACAUCUCCAGCUCUGAGUCCUUCAUCCAGACCUCCGUGACUCUCGGACUAUACCCUUGAAUUUCACACGAUCUAUCAACUUGGCCAUAUCAGAACGAGGGAUUAAUGGAAUACGAAAUGCCAAUUAUCCGGGUUUACGGGAGUCGAUCUUUGAUAUUACAAUCCCCAUUGAGGGCCGAAUGAUUCAUGGAGAGCACAAAGGCCAGCUGUAUUCCCAAGCGCAGGCAUAUGAUGCCCACGGGAGGGUCCAGCGUGCCAUCGACCGCGGAGCGCUGAACAAGAGGCUCCUCGAUGUCCUUGCGGCGAUGCCCAACGUCAAAUUCUUCUUCCACCACAAACUCGUUGGUGCCGAUUUUCGGAAGAACAAGGCCUGGUUCGAGCGACGCACUCCACACGGGAACAGCGAGACGAGCCAAGCGCAUGACGAAGCGGAAGUGGAUUUUGACUUCAUGAUCGGAGCGGACGGGGCACAUUCCGCCGUGCGGUAUCAUCUGAUGAAGUUCGCGCGAUUGAACUACCAGCAAGAAUACAUUGACACCCUUUGGUGUGAGUUUCAGAUCCCCCCAUCGGUGACGGGCGGAUUCCGGAUUUCACCCAACCAUUUCCACAUUUGGCCGGCCGGGUCGCACAUGUUCCUCGCGAUCCCGAACCUGGACACGAGUUUCACGUGCACGCUUUUCCUCCAGGCCGAGAAGUUCGAACAAUUAGAUCAGGACCCGCGGUCAGUGAUCCCGUUCUUCCAGAAGAAUUAUCCUGGCAUCAUCCCGGAUCUUAUCACGGAAGAGGAUGCGGUGAGGCAGUACAAGGAGAAUCCGCAUUUGCCAUUGAUAUCGAUCAAAUGCACGCCGUACCACUUCGGCUCCAGCGUCGUUAUUGUAGGCGACGCAGCUCAUGCCAUGGUCCCAUUCUACGGUCAAGGUAUGAACACCGGGAUGGAAGACGUACGCGUGCUUUUCGAGAUCCUAGAUCAAUAUUCUGCGACUGCAUCGCAGACUGGGACGCCCGCCUCGUCGUCGAAGGGCGAUUCCUCUGCUCAAGCCCGCAGCACUGCGCUCGCCGCCUAUUCCGCUCAACGCCACCCGGACACCGCUGCAAUCAACGACCUGGCAAUUCGCAACUACCAAGAAAUGCGUGCGGACGUCCGAUCCCGCUGGUACCUGUUCCGGAAGCACGUCGAGGAGUGGCUGAGCUUGUACGUGCCACGUCUUGGAUGGGCAACGCAGUAUGCUAGGGUAAGUUUUGGGAAUAUGCGGUAUUCCGAGGUGGAAACGCGGGCGAAGUGGCAAGGGAUGGUGUUAUGGAGAGUGGUUAUGAUGUCGGGCUUGACUAUGGGGGGGUUGGCUGGGUGGUGGAUGGGAAGAAAUCAGUUUUGGAGGAGGAUAGGUGGGAAUAUUAGACCUAGAUGGUCGUGAGAGUGUUGUCAAUAGAAGUACCAGCGUCGGUGGCGUUAGAUCUCCCUUCUAGAAAUCUUUAUAAGAUUUCGGACUGUAGUCGGUCAAAAUAGAAGGACUUUCCAUGCUGUUGUUUUCCGCUCACAAGGGCGCUUUGUUCAUGUCA